GGGAGCUUUUUUUAAGGUUCGCCGUUACGCUUUCUGCUUGUGUUUUAAUGGCUCAGCUGAGAGGUGGCUCCAUGAAAAUAACAGUUUGGCCUCGGGUGCAAGGUUUGUUGAAGCACUUGAGGGGAGUGCUGCUUACCUGUUAGCUUAGUCACUUCUGCUGUGUGCUGGAUUCAGACUUCAAGUCUUUUAGUAUCUGGAAAAUACUGAGUGACCCACGUGCCAGGAUGCUUUGGGGAGUGGGAAGCCAGAUUAGGGUGUUGUGUACAACCAGGUAAGUAAGCAAAUAAGAACACCAAAACACGAUUCAGUGAAGUUUGUAACCCACAAGCUCCAGUUUUUCAGAGGAAUCACAGUGUGUUCCACUUCUAAGUGCGGAGUCGCUCUGUCCCUGUAUAAUGGGGGGCUUGAAAGGAGCCGUCGCAUUCUGAACAUAGCUCUUGUUGUAGAGCUGCUUGGAUCUGGAGUUCUGCCCGUGUAACUGAGUUUUCCCAGGGUGCUGCGUGAAUGCUGAGCUGUGUUGUAAUGAAUUCCGAGUGGGCAUCGGCAUGAGCCUGCUCUCCUUUUCCCUGGAAGACGCUGCUGCAUUGUCUUGUCUGUUCCUGAAAGCCCCAGUGUUGUCUGUCAAAGGCCUGAUUCUGCAAGUGCCACGUAUGCAGAGGAGCUCCUGAAUGGGAAGGGCUUGUGCUGGGCUCAGCUCUCACACAAUGCCCGAGGCAAUGCGCUACAGCACAGUGCUUUGUGUCCGACUGCUGGCAUCCCGUGGGCACCACCGUCCCACUGUCAGAUGUUGGGAGUUGUGUGUUAGGUUCUGUUAACGCCGUGGAGCUGCUUUUUGCUGGGUGUUUGGAUAGGUCUGGUUUUCUGUACCGUGAGUGGGGGGAAUGGGCAAAGGCUGGCAGAAGGGAGAGGUGCAGGUUGGGAGCUGCCUGUGUCUCUUAAAGCAGUCUUAUGGCUCGGAGCCACUGUGUAUAGUGUGAGUGUGCGCUCCUCUUUCUCUUGUCCUCCAGGCACGGGGGAGAAAUGGUAAAAGUUUGUUUGCACAAAUGCUUAGCUAGCAUGUUGGCACGAGCUUCUGAUGGGAGUGUUUCUGUAGUGCAGUUGGCAGAUCAAAACCCAGUGCUGGCAGCAUUGGGUGCGAUGGAAAGCAUAGAGUGUGGGGAGCUGUGAGCUGUUGCUGCAUAGCGAGAUGGAUGAGGCUGGGGACUGGCUGUGGCAGCUCGGCUCUGUCCCACGAGGAGACCUGGGGGCUUCUUUGGAGGAAGAGUGAUUGCCGCUGCUUGCAGGGCUCCUGGGGCGUUGGUACAAGGGUGUGCCUUGUGCAAGCAGACAGGAAGGAGUCGUGGACCCAGGCACACGUUAUCGUGCUGCUUCUAGGAAAUGAUGUAAGGUCAUAUUGAACAUGGACAGUGAGGAAAUUCCGACCUUCUCAAGUCCAAAGGAGGAAACUGCCUAUUGGAAAGAGCUUUCCUUGAAGUACAAACAAAGCUUCCAGGAAGCUCGUGAAGAACUGGCUGAAUUUCAGGAGGGAAGCAGGGAACUAGAAGCUGAGUUAGAAGCACAGCUAGUGCAGGCUGAGCAGAGGAAUAGAGAUUUACAAGCAGAUAACCAAAGGCUGAAAUAUGAAGUGGAAACAUUGAAGGAGAAACUGGAGCACCAGUAUGCACAGAGCUACAAGCAGGUGUCGUUGUUAGAGGAUGACCUGAGCCAGACCCGGGCCAUUAAAGAUCAGCUUCAUAAGUAUGUCAGGGAGCUGGAGCAGGCCAACGAUGACUUGGAGCGUGCCAAGAGGGCAACAAUAGUUUCAUUGGAAGACUUUGAGCAAAGGCUGAACCAGGCGAUAGAGAGAAACGCGUUUCUAGAAAGUGAACUGGAUGACAAGGAGUCACUGCUAGUUUCUGUACAGAGAUUAAAGGAUGAAGCCAGAGACCUGCGGCAGGAGCUGGCAGUACGGGAAAGGCAGCAGGAAGUCACCCGCAAGUCUGCACCCAGCUCUCCAACUCUGGACUGUGAGAAGAUGGAUUCAGCUGUCCAGGCAUCUCUCUCCUUGCCAGCUACGCCUGUUGGAAAAGGAUCUGAAAAUAGUUUUCCUUCCCCCAAAGCUAUACCAAAUGGAUUUGGUACAAGCCCUCUUACUCCUUCAGCUAGAAUAUCUGCACUCAACAUCGUGGGGGAUCUCUUACGGAAAGUUGGGGCCUUAGAAUCCAAGUUAGCUGCUUGCAGGAAUUUUGCAAAGGACCAGGCAUCACGGAAAUCCUACAUUUCAGGGACCGCUAACAGCAGCGCGAUGAGCAGCAAUGGCACCAAGUUCCCUCAUGCAGGGCAUACUUCUUUCUUUGACAAAGGGCGUGAAAAGGUGAUAUUCCCCACCUUGGUCAUGGGCUGGGCUGACGGCAAGCAGCGGACGGCGAGCUUAGGUGCUGUGUGCGGAGCCGAAUUGAGGAGAUCAAAACCCAAACAGGGUGGAGGCUGCGGAAGGCUGUCACACACGUGUGCUGCUCCCUGGGCUGUGUGCCUCGCAGCUGAGAGCAGCUGUGGGAAGGGGGCAGUAAACGGCUUUGAUCAAGGGACCCCGGGACUGGGAGCCUCCAGACCUUCCUCAGCACCUGGCAUGCUCCCCCUGAGCGUAUGAGUCGGCGCCAGGCUGUGCUUGGACUCGCGGACGCUUUUCUCGGCCCAACAAGAGAAGUGCUUUGGUUUCCUCCCCCUCCCUGCCCCGCAGGAACAGGACCUGCACCAUGGCAUGCAGCAGUGCCCGUGCUGCUGGAGGAGAGCCCAUGCUUGCAGCCUUUCGUGUCCUGUUAAUAGAGUUAACUGUAGUGGGUGUGCCCUGCGGCCCCGUACCACGUGUUGCACAAGCUGACACAUAGUGCUCUGUUGCAGGGGAUGCAGAACCUCAGCCAGGUGCUGCUCGACCUGUCACUGCAUCUCUUUUCUCAGUUAGGUUUGGUGUGACAAAAACAUUUGCUGCUUUUCUUGAAGGCUACGCCUCUCCCUGCCUGAUCUCACAUCCUGCUGUUUGAGCCAACCAGCUGCUGUCCUUCCCCGUGGGGCUCAAACCUCUCAAGACGCACUGAGCGAGGCUGGGAGCAGGAGUGGAGGCUGGCAGUGAGCUCUGGGGGUGUGAGUGAAUGCAGCAUAGAAAUCACUGCUGGACAGGUGAGCAGCUGGCUGUGUCCAUAAGGCCCUUCCCCAGCCCAGCAGAUGGAGGUAGAGCUGGUGCUGGCGUGGGGCUUUGCUGAGGAAGGCCCAGCACACAUCAUUUAGCACCAGUGCCCUUAGCGGCUCUGGGCUGAGCUUGGCUGGAGCCUCCUCCCGUGGCACAGGGCCUGCAGCGAGCUUUUUCCCAUGUGCCUGAACCAUCCCAGCACUCUGCCCUCCUUUGUGGCACUUCUGCCCCCCCAGCCAGACAUCAGCUCUUUAGGAAGCCGCUCAGCCCAUGGACUGCAGUGCCCACGAACUGCCUCCUCCCAGCACCCUGUAUCCCUCGGCCCCAUGUUCAGCUCUGUAAUAUAGGACGGGAUUUCAGUGUCACCUGCAGGCUUCUGUGACAGUUUUGGGCAACUGUGUUCCUUGUGGGUCUUUCAGGCGAUGUAUUUGUGCGAGUUCUCUGUCGCUGUGCCUCAGAGUCGGUGGAUUUUGAUGUGAACCAAUGAACCCCAGGGGGGUCUGAGGAAAAAAAAAAACCUUCCCAGUUUGGUCCAUCGCGUUCCUUGGCUCUGCAGCUGUACAUUGGUUUAUUUACGAGCGCUGAGAGAAACCAUCGGCCCCAGCAGAACAGAGGUGGGAGCGUUUCCCCCUUUGCCCUUAGGGCCCCUAUGGUCCUCUUUUCCUGUGCAUCCUCUGCUGCAUUUGACUGUUUACAUUUGUUUUAUUGUACAUAGGUUUGUAAACAUAUUAUCUUUGCCUAAGAUCUUUGUACAUAACUUAACUUGGGCUUUGUAGCUUUAUUUAUUCAAAGUCUAUAUGGCAUGUUUCAGUAGGACAGUGUACCAUAACACCGUGGGCACACAGCAUAAUGUGGUUUAAAGACAAAAAAAAAAACCAACAACCAAAACCUGAGAGUAAUAUUCCCAAAAUAAAGUUCUUUUAAUGUGGAA